CCCUGUGCUGCCCACCCGGCGUCCCGUCCGGGAACGGGAAGGAGCCGCUACCCUGCCGCCCAGCCCCGGCAAUUCCCCGGGGCCACACAGCCCCCGGGCUCCCCUCUGCGGCCCCGCCUUUCCCUUCCUCCCCCUCCGCGGCCGGGCAGGCCUGGCAGAGGCGCCGGAGCGGGCCAUGGCCGGGCCGCUGGCGUCGCCCGUCACGCAGCAGGUCGGCAGAACGCGGGGCUGCGGGCAGCAGCCGGAGGCGGCGGAGCUGCGGGAGGCCGCCCGCUGCCGGGUGGUGGACGCGGACGGGAGGAGCAUCCCCUUCGAGGCCCUGUACGGGGAGCAAAAAGCGAUCGUGGUGUUCGUGCGGAAUUUUUUGUGUUACGCUUGUAAGGAGUACGUAGAAGACCUGGCAAAAGUCCCCAAGGCAUUUUUACAAGAAGCAAAUGUGAGGCUUAUAGUUAUUGGACAGUCAUCUUAUCACCACAUCAAGCCCUUUUGCAGUUUAACUGGGUAUACACAUGAAAUGUAUGUAGAUCCACAAAGGGAAAUUUAUAAAACACUUGGCAUGAAAAGAGGUGAAGGUAAUAGCGUAUCAGUGCGGAGCCCUCAUGUGAAAUCAAACAUGUUUCUGGGAAGCUUUAAGAGUGUGUGGAGAGCGAUGACUGGCCCAGUUUUUGAUUUUCAAGGAGACCCUGCUCAGCAGGGAGGAGCUUUGAUUUUAGGCCCAGGUAAUGAAGUUCAUUUUUUGCACCUGGAUAAAAACAGGCUGGAUCAUGUUCCCAUUAACACAGUUUUGCAGCUGGCAGGAGUUAAAACAGUAAAUUUCACAAACAAACCCGAGAUUAUUGACAUAUGACACUGGCACAGUAUAUAUUUUUUUUAUUUGUAUUCUGUAAUACAAGAACAAUUCUCCAGCGAGUUCCCACCAGCAUUGGUACUGUUGUGUCUUUAUGGGACAUCUGAAACCUCUUCUCAAAAAUCAGAGCACAGAAUAAAACUGCCUGGCACUGAAGAUGGGCACUAAAGUGCUAUUUCCAUUGCGUAUAACAAAAACUAAAAUACAACUGAGGCUUAUUGCAAAAAAUCCUGUAUUUUAUUGCUUCCUCAUCAAACAAUCUUGCUAAAAUAUUUUAAAAGUCUGUGUUCAAGAUGCACUAAACUAAAAACUCUGGUUUUGCUCAGGAAGAUCUUGGGAUUCUUGCCUUCAGAUCACACUGGCUUUCAAUCCAAUGCUUCUCAGCGAUGUUUUAAAGCUUACAGCACCAUGUGACAAUCUUUUAUUAAAAUAUACCUUGAAAAAUCACAGUUUUGAACACUGGAAUUUACGCUUAUGCCUGCUUUUGCAUCUAGCGCUAGCAGACAUUAUGAAAUACAUUUUACAGUUUUAAAUAAAUAUUUUAAAUAUGUCA